CGGAAGGAGCCGAGGGGCUCCGGAAAGAGCCGAAGCGCUUCCGGAAAGAGCCGAAGCGCGAAGGGCUCCCGGAAAGAGCCGAGGGGCCUCCGGAAAGACCCGAAGGGGACCGGAAACACCCGAAGGGCUCCCGGAAGGAGCCGAAGCGCCUCCGGAAGAGGCGGGGCCACAAGCGACAUCCGGGGAUUUGGGGGGGGGGGGGUGUGACGGAAAGCGCCUAAGCGGCGGAACCGGCCGAAGCUUCACUUCCGGGUCGGCGGAGCGCGGCGGCGGGCGCCGAGCGACGGCGGAAGCGGCCGAAGCGUCGGCGGAAGCAGCCGAGCGCUGGCGGAAGCAGCCGAAGCGCCGGCGGAGGGAGCCGAGGCGCGGCCGGAAGGGGCCGCAGCGGCGGCGGCGGCGCCACACAAGAUGGCGGACGGGGAGGAGGUGACUCUGGACGGGCGGCCGCUCCAUCUGCUCCGCGUCGCCGACCUCAAGGCGGCCCUGGAGCAGCGCGGCCUGGCCAAGAGCGGCCAGAAAAGCGCCCUGGUCAAGCGGCUCCGCGGGGCGCUGAUGCUGGAGAACCUCCAGAAGCACUCGACGCCCCACGCCACCUUCCAGCCCAACUCCCAGAUCGGCGAGGAGAUGAGCCAGAACAGCUUCAUCAAGCAGUACCUGGAGAAGCAGCAGGAGCUGCUGCAGCAGCGGCUGGAGCGGGAGGCCCGCGAGGCGGCCGAGCUGGAGGCCUCGGGCCGGAGCUGCGCCGCGUCCCGGGAGCCGGAGGACUCGGACGAGGAGGGCGCCCGGCGGCAGGAGCGGCGCUCCGGCCGGGUCCGGCAGGCCCGAGCCGCCAAGGCCCCCGAGGGCGCCCCGGCCGCCGGCCGGGAGGAGCGGGAGGCCCCGCCGCGAGGCCGCCGUGGGGCGGCCCGGCCCCCGCUGAAGCCCGGCGAGGAGGAGGAGGACGACGAGGAGGAAGAAGAGGAGGAGGAGGAGGAGGAAGAGGAAGAGGAGGAGGAGGAGGAGGAGGACGAAGCGCCCCCGGGCCAAGAGGGCGGCGCCGCCCCACAGCAAGCCCAGCCCGAGGCCCCCCCCGCCGCCGACCCGGGGGUCCCCGCCGCCCCACAGCAGCCGGGGGAGCCCGGCCCCACGUCUCCGCCCCCUGAGGAGCCGGCGGCCCCCGCCGCCCCCCAACCGGCCCCCCAGGCCUCGCCGCCGCCCCCGCAGCUCACGGAAGGGGCGGCGCCGCCGGCCCCCCGCGGCGAGGAGGAGCCCCCGCCGCCGCUGCUCACCAAGGAGCCGCCCGCCGCCGCCCCGGAGGCGGCCGAGCCCCGGGGCCGCUCGCCGCCUUCCCGGCGCCGCCGCCGCGCCUCCUCGGGCUCCUCCUCCUCCUCGGGCUCCGCCUCCUCCCGCGCCACCUCCCGCUCGGCCUCGCCGCCCCCGCCGCCGCGACGCCCCUCGCGCUCCCCGUCGGGGUCGCGCUCCAGCAGCGCCGGCAGCAGGAAGGGGGGCCUGGAGGGGCCCCAGGGCCCCGGGGGGGCCGCGUGCCCCCCGCCGCAGCCGGACCCUGAGAGCGAGGAGCAGGCGGCGCCCAUGGAGCCGGGCCCCCCCGGGGCGGGCGCCAGCCCCCCACGGCCGCCCCCCGACCGCCCCACGGACGCCGAGCGCCCAGAGGGCCCGGCCCAGCCCAAGGCCUUCAAGAGGAAGAUCUCGGUGGUCUCGGCCGCCAAGGGGGCGGCGCCGGGCAGCAGCGAGGCGGAGGGCGGCGCGGCGGGGGGCCGGAAGCGGCGGUGGGGGGCCAGCACCGCCUGCACCCAGAAGCGGCCCUCCAUCAGCAUCACCACCGAGUCCCUCAAGAGCCUGAUCCCGGAGAUGAAGGCGGGCGGCGGGCAGGAGGCGGUGGUGGACCUGCACGCCGACGACGGCCACAUCUCCGAGGAGGAGGCCGAGCGCCCCGGCGAGGCGCCGCCCCACGAGCCCGCCCUCAAGAUCUGCCGCACCGUCACCCAGGUGGUGCCGGCCGAGGGGCAGGAGAACGGGCAGGGCGAGGAGGAGGAGGAGGAGGAGAAGGAGGCCGAGGAGGAGCGGCCCCAGCCGCCGCCGGCGCUGCCCGAGGCCGCCCUGCCCCCCCCCGCCGAGCACGAGGUCAAGAAAGUGACGCUGAGCGAGACGCUGACGCGGCGCCACAUCAGCCAGCAGCGCCUGGGCGUCUCCGUCACCAUCGACGACCCCGUGCGGGCGGCCCAGCUGCCCUCGCCCCCCCGCGCCGCCCCCAGCCCCAUCGUCCACGUCUGCAACCUGGUGCGGCCGUUCACGCUGGGGCAGCUGAAGGAGCUGCUGGGCCGCACGGGGCGGCUGCUGGACGACGGCUUCUGGAUCGACAAGAUCAAGUCCCACUGCUACGUCACGUACGCGUCGGUGGAGGAGGCGGUGGCCACCCGCAACGCGCUGCACGGCGUCAAGUGGCCCCAGUCCAACCCCAAGGUGCUGGCGGCCGACUUCGCCCAGCAGGACGAGCUGGACUUCCACCGGGGCCUGGCGCCGGAGCGGGCGGAGGGGGCGGCGGAGGAGGCGGGGCCGCGGGGGGCGGGGCGGGAGGCGUCGGGGGGCGGGGCGUCGGGGGGCCGCGCCCCCCGGGAGGCGGAGCGGGCCCAGUGGGCGGAGCGGGAGCGGGAGAUGGAGCGGCGGGAGCGGACGCGGGGGGAGCGCGAGUGGGACCGCGACAAGGGGCCCCCCCGCUCCCGCUCCCGCUCCCGCUCCGGCUCCGCCCCCCGCGAGCCCCGCCCCCGCCACCGCCCCCCCGACAAGGACCGCCCCCGCUCCCGCGAGCGCCGCCCCGACAAGAAAGAGAAGCCCCCUGAGGAGCCGCCGGCGAAGCUGCUGGACGACCUGUUCCGCAAGACCAAGGCGGCGCCCUGCAUCUAUUGGCUGCCGCUGACCGACACCCAGUUCGUGCAGAAGCAGGCGGAGCGGGCGGCGCGGGCCCGGGAGCGGGAGCGGCGGCGCAAGGAGCAGGAGGAGGAGGAGCAGCGGCAGCGGGGCCGGCAGCCCGAGCGCGACAAGGCCCGCGGCGCCCACCGCGACCACCACCACCACCACCACCACCACCGCGACCACCCCCGCGAGCGGCCCCCCCCCGCCGCCGCCGCCGCCCCCGCCCCCGCCGCCGCCCCACAGCCCGCCCCACAGCCCGCCCCACAGCCCGGCCCCGCCGCCGGCCCCACGGCCGCCGCCGGCCCCACGGCCGCCGCCGAGCGCGGACCCCGCGAGCGCGAGCGCGACCGCCGCGACGCCAAGCGCCGCAGCCGCAGCCGCAGCACCCCCGUGCGCGACCGGGGCGGGCGGCGCUGACCCCCCCCCCCCCCGCCCCACAUCUCCCCCCCCCCCAAUGCAGCCCCCGCGCGUGUCCCGGACCCCCCCCCCCUUCAAAAUCGUGGCCCCCCCCCCCCCCCGGCAGCGGCCCCGGGGGGGUAAUAAACGGCCGCCCGGCGUUUCUA